CACCGGGCGGGGUCUAGCCGAGUUCUGCUGGGUCGGGCCGGGCAGAUCCGGACCGAGCGGCUCUGGGCUGCCGGGUCAUAGUGGAAGACGGUGGCUUGGUGGCGGUGGGACUACAGAGACAGCGAUCUGGGAGAGAGUGGCCGCGGGCUGGAGCGCGACCUAUGGCCUGGUGGAAGUUAGUGAAUGAUCCAGACAAACCGAUCCACGGCAUUUCUUGCUCAACCCAGAGACAGUUGGAACAAGAGGGCUCAUUGAAGUCGAGUGCUUGCCAAAGGAAAUUUCCUACACACCACUACCAGUAGUCUCUGAAGUUCAGGAUAGGAUUUGUGGACCCACUUCACCUCAGACCAUGGCGAGCCAGCUGCCCCUUUACUUGGCCACCUUCUUGACUGGGCUGCUGGAAUGCAUCGGUUUUGCUGGUGUCCUCUUUGGCUGGACCUCACUGUUGUUUGUGUUCAAAGCAGAAAACUACUUCUUAAAGCCCUGUGAACAGGACUGCGUGCUCGGGGGCAAUACAACAGGCCUCCCUGACCUCAAAGCUCAGGAUGAGAAGUUCUCCCUCAUCUUCACCCUGGCAUCCUUCAUGAACAACUUUAUGACCUUCCCCACUGGCUACAUCUUUGACCGCUUCAAGACUGCUGUGGCCCGCCUGUUAGCCAUAUUUUUCUACACCUGCGCCACACUCAUCAUUGCGUUCACCUCUGCAGACACUGCCAUGUUGCUCUUCCUGGCCAUGCCUAUGCUUGCAGUGGGAGGAAUCCUGUUCCUCAUCACCAACCUACAGAUUGGGAAUCUCUUUGGCAAACACCGUUCAACCAUUAUCACCUUCUACAAUGGAGCAUUUGACUCCUCCUCAGCAGUGUUCCUCAUCAUUAAACUUCUUUAUGAGCAGGGAAUCAGCCUCAGGCACUCCUUCAUCUUCCUGUCUGUCUGCAGUGCCUGGCAUGUUGGGCGUACUUUCCUUCUGAUGCCUCGGGGACAUAUCCCCUACCCACUGCCUCCCAACUAUAGCUAUGGCUUGUGCUCCAGGUUCUGUACCAGGAAGGAAGAGAAUGAGGCAGCUGAACAUGAGACCAAGGAGUUGCAGUCAAGGGAAUGUCAGUCACCAAAGGAAGAGAACUCUGGACCAGAGCAGCAGCAGCAGCAGCAGCAGCAGCAGCAGCAGCAGCAGCAGCAGCAGCAGCAGCACUCCUUCCGACGCUGCGUGUUCUCUCACCGAUUCAUCUUGCAUGUGGUGUGGCUGUCCAUCAUACAGUUGUGGCAUUACCUCUUCAUUGGUACUCUCAACUCUCUCCUCACCAAGUUGGCUGGUGAGGAUAGUGUGAAAGUCAGUGCCUACACAAAUGCCUUUGCCAUCACCCAAUUUUUUGGCGUGCUGUGUGCCCCCUGGAACGGCUUACUCAUGGACUGCCUUAAACAGAAGUAUCAGAAGGAAGCCAAAAGGACAGGUUUGUCCUCUGAGGCUGUGGCUCUCUGCUCCAUGGUGCCUUCGCUGGCCCUGACGUCUCUCCUGUCCCUGGGCUUUACUCUGUGUGCCUCCAUUCCUGUCAUAGAGCUCCAGUACGCCACCUUCAUCCUGCAAGUGGUCAGCCGCUCCUUUCUGUACGGGUGCAAUGCCGCCUUCCUCACACUGGCUUUUCCCUCAGAGCAUUUUGGAAAGCUCUUUGGUCUGGUGAUGGCCUUGUCGGCUAUUGUGUCUCUGUUGCAGUUCCCCCUGUUCAAAGUCUCCCCGGAGAGCAAAGCUGUAUAUGUGUCGAUGGGGCUUGCCAUUUUUCUGACAUUGGUCCAUCCCUUUCUGGUGUACCGUGAGUGCCGUGUUGAGAAGACAAAACCAUCAGUGGACGCCUAGCCCAGAAGCCCUCACUCUCUAGCCUUGAAGAUGCCUUUCUUGCUCUUUAGUCGACUUUGAUGAUGCAGUGUCCACAAAGACUGCCUACCUAGGAGAACUGUCAUAGGCAGCCAUAGUUUUCCUUAAACAACAGCAGCAGCAGCAGCAGCAGCAGCAGCAGCAGCAACAACAACCACCACCACCACCAGAAACAAAAAACAAGGCAUAAAAAGGUCAUCCAGGACUUUUGAUUACCAAGAAGAGAAUUUCAGUGGCCAAGUAGCUAGCCUUCAUACCAACCCAUAGCAAAGCUCUAUGUGAAUUCUUAGUUUGGGAGCAGAAAGUUAAUCCCUGCACGGGGCCACAGCAGAGCUCCCUGCAAGGGACAGGGAGAUAUGUCACAGAGUCAUGCUAUCCCAAAGGACUUAGGAAACAACUAACUGGCUAGCCACAAAGAUUUUGGACACCUCUCCAUACCCUACGUGUGAGCAGUAUCUCCUCUUCAGGAAGAGGGAUAUUUAUUGACUUAGGGCACUUUUUUAUAUAUAAUUAGCUUGGGGCUUGAGAGAUGGUUUAACUCUUAAGAGCACUGGCUACUCUUCCAGAGGAACUGGGUAUGAUUUUUUAGCAGCACCCACAUAGUGGCUCACAAACUGUAACUGCAGUCCCUCCAUAGGCACUACAUGCUUGUGCACAGACAUAUAUGCAGACAAAACAUCCUUACACAUUGCAUAAAUGACUUCUUUAGGUAAUAAUUUUAUACAAUAAUAAAGCCUCUAUGUUUAAGGCAA